AUGUUGCUCGAGCUCUUGAAGGAAGGGGAAAGAGGGGAUGGAAAAGCAAGAGUGCCUCGUGGCAUUGCCUGGAGUGAUUGGGAAGACCGGGCUUUGGCAAUUCAGAUUCUUGCCGAUGAUCCUAUUGCCGAUAAGACUGGUACAAAGCAGGAAAUAUGGACUAAGGUUGCGGAACAUCUCAAGGCAGUGGGUAUCAAUCGCACUUGGAUUUCUUGUAAGGAUAGGAUUGAUAGGCUUGUUACUCUUCAUCGGCAAAAUGAAAAACUGUCGAGACAGAAGACUGGGGAGGUAGAGGAGGUAAACGAGUUUAUGGAAAAUUUGAACGAGAUAUCCUUGCUGUUCAAGACUGUUUCCUCUGAUAGGAAAAUACAACGAGAUGCAAAAGGGAAGGCAGCGGUCAAGAAAGAGAAAGGUAGCAUUGUCCGUGUUGCGUCUUCUAGAGGUAUGGUAAGAAAAGUGUUGCUACCAAAAGAAAAUGCUUCGGACCGGGACAAAGAAAUGGGAAAACCAACGAAGGCGCCAAAGAACGUAUUGACCAAACAGCUUGACACUAUUGUUUCCGGUUUGCAACAAAAGGCAGAAGAGUUUAGGAAGGAAGCUAUUGAGGUUAGGAAACGGGAGGAGAUAAGAAAAGAUAUGGAAAAGAGAGAUAUGGAAAGUCGGGAGGAACAAAAAAACUUGAAUGAGAGUUUAAAGUUAUUGAUACAGGCGCAGAACAGUACCAAUAACAUGAUGAAAAAAUGGAUCGAUCAGUCCAAGGGAAAGUAUUCUUCAAGGGUAGGGGAUGCGACGAGUUGA